UCUUCCUCGCCUCCGCACCCACACAGGCCAGCCUCGCGUCUCCGCCCGCUCGCGAGGAUCCAGGAUGCUUAUUAACCAGGCGGCCAAUAGGUGGCCGGGCAGAGGCGCGCCCCUUCGACAGAGCGGAGGACACGCUCCGGAGUGCGGCUCCCGGGAGACCAUGGAGCGCCCAGUGAGAGUGAAGGCGUGGGUGGAGGAGAACCGGGGCUCCUUCCUGCCCCCGGUCUGCAACAAGCUCCUGCACCAGAAGCAGCUCAAAAUCAUGUUCGUGGGGGGUCCCAACACCAGGAAGGACUACCACAUCGAGGAGGGUGAGGAGGUAUUUUACCAGCUGGAGGGGGACAUGCUUCUCCGAGUCCUGGAGCGAGGGAAACACCGGGAUGUGGUCAUUCGGCAGGGAGAGAUCUUCCUCCUGCCUGCUGGGGUCCCCCACUCGCCGCAGAGGUUUGCCAACACAGUGGGGCUGGUGAUUGAGCGGAGGCGGCUGAAAACAGAACUAGAUGGGCUCAGGUACUACGUAGGGGACACCACAGACGUCCUGUUUGAGAAGUGGUUCUACUGCGAGGACCUCGGCACACAGUUGGCCCCCAUCAUCCAGGAGUUCUUCAGCUCUGAGCAGUACAGAACGGGAAAGCCCAACCCUGACCAGCUGCUCAAGGAACCACCAUUCCCCCUGAGCACACGAUCCGUCAUGGAGCCCAUGUGCCUGGAGGCCUGGCUGGAUGGCCACCGCAAGGAGCUGCAGGCAGGCACACCCCUCAGCUUGUUUGGGGACACCUAUGAGAGCCAGGUGAUGAUCCACGGACAAGGCAGCAGCAAAGGCCUGAGACGGGACGUGGACGUGUGGCUGUGGCAGCUGGAGGGCUCCUCAGUGGUGACGAUGGAGGGACAGCGCCUGAGCCUGACCCCUGAUGACAGCCUCCUGGUGCCAGCUGGGACUCUGUAUGGCUGGGAGCGAGGGCAAGGCUCCGUGGCCCUGUCUGUGACCCAGGAUCCCGCCUGCAAGAAGUCCCUGGGAUAA